AUGAAACCAGUAAUUAAUGUUGUAGAUGAUGCGAGGUUUGAAGUGGAGCUGGAAUUUGUACAGUGUUUAUCUGACGUAUACUAUCUGAAAUAUCUAUCGGAUGAAGGUUACUUCAAGGAUGAGAGAUUUAGAGCUUAUAUAUUAUAUUUACAGUAUUGGCGAACCCAUGAGUAUAUUAAGAAAAGUAUUUUUUUGACACGAAUUGUAGUUUAUACACAUAGUUCGUCAAUAUCUGGCAAGUUUGGAUUUGGAAGAUGUGUAAGAAAUUUGCACGAAUUAAUUGACGAUACAAAUUAUAAACUUAAAAACAAAUUUGCAAAGUAUAAUAAAAAAUUACUUCUAGAUAACCUGAACUGGUUAAAUCAGACUAAUAAUCUAAGUCCAGCCGGACCUGAAUUUAGUGAAUUAUUGUGUAAAUUAGAAAAUUUUAACUUUGUAGAAAAAUUAAAUGAUAAUUACGAUGUUGAAACAUUGUCAAUCUAUUUGACCUCCAAACUUAAUGUUAUACAAUCAUUAAUUCCGUAUAUACAAAUACUUAACACAAUGCAACAAGAUGACUCAGUGCUAAGAUUAAAGUAUGAAAUUAUAAAUAAUGAUCUGGUACAAUAUUUGUACCGGAUAAUUUUGAUAAAUGUGUCCAGUUUGGGUAGUGAAUUAUUACUAAAUUACUUAAACUUCUUGCUGGAAAUUGGAAUUAAUGAUGUUAAUCAUCUGAUACUCAAAUUAUACCCCAGUAUAAUUAACUCUUUAGAUAGGGAAAAUUAUACUGAUGAUGAAAGAUUGACCAUAAAGCUUAAAUUGUCGUCAAAUUUGGUUGAUAAAGUUGAUCUAAACAACAUGAUAAAUGAGUUGUUAGUUGAUAGUUUGUCUAGUCCAACGGUGUUUUAUAACUGUUUUAAUGAAAUAUUACAUUUAACACAUAGUGUUCAGGGUAUUGAUACAGAUUAUGUAUAUAACUUCAUUAAUAAGGUCAGUAAUUAUGUGUAUAUACUUGGUAAUAAUGAAUUGUUAAGACUGCUCUACGUACUAUUGAAGAAGAAUUGGGUUGAUGAUAACUUGUUUGGUCGUGUGGUUCAGUCACUUGUGUACAAAUUUGAAUCCUUGAGUAAUGAACAAAUGGAAACACUAAUAACACUGCUGUGCUCUUAUAAGCAAUAUUUCAAGCUAAAUUGUAUGGACUUGGGAGAAAAUUUAUACUCUGAAUGUGGUAACAUGUUGAUAAAUAUGGUGAAAAGGACUUUUGAAGAAAAAUUCGUAAAUUUAAGCAUAAAUCUAGCAUUAUCGCCCCUGACAUAUUUGUUACAGCUGACGAAUAGUAAUAGAAUAAAAGUGUUAAUGUUGAAAAAAUUGGAUAAAAACGCAGUGAGUCAGUUGGGUAUUCCGGAAUUUCACCAGCUGUUGAUUGUGUUGAGGAGGUUAAAUUUGGUUAAAAAUAGAGAAGCCAUAACACAAUUAAUUGAAAACUACGUUAAUUCUCGCAUUUUACCUCUUUUCAACACGACUGAUGUUAAAUUACUGAGAAUUGAUGACAAUAUGAAGAAUAUACUAAUGAUGUUGUCAGACUUCAUAAAAAUCAAGCAUUACGCUAAAUAUUUCAAUUCUAUUAUUAACAACUACUUCGAAAAUAUUGGGUAUACUGAUGAAGAACAAGUUGAUGAGAUGAUAUUUUUGAUAAAUUUGUGUAUAAAGAAUAAGGUUUAUAAGUUCAGUAAUUUGACAGGUGAGUUGGUGUUAAAAUUAUUUAGCAAAUCCGGAAACUUCAUAACCUUACCAAUUACUCCCAAUAUAUUAAAUGGGUAUGAUAUAAUAUUGGAUGGAAUUGAGCACUGUAAUUUAACGUACGAGUGUGUAAGUGAUAUUAGUAGCAAGGUGUUUGACGAAAUUUAUACAAAUUUGAGAGGAAAAAGUAAAAUAAACCUCAAGUUGGUAAGUAAAUUGUUGGGAUUUUCAAGUAAUAUAAGGAUAUUCCAAGAACCGCUAACCAAGCACAUAUUACAGUACGUUAAAGAUAAUGUAAUAUCACAAUCACAAUUAAACAGCGGUUUAGUAAAUGUACUGGUAUUAUACUUAAAAUGUAGUAAUCUGUUAAAAAUUGAAGUAGAGAAGCUGGAUCAUAUCUACAGCAAUAUAAUUUCUGGAUUGGAGUGUGUGAAUAAUUUCAAUACAAUUGUAGAGGAAUUGGGAAUAUUGCUACUAUUGUUAAAAUAUGAUAAUUUUGGGGUUUACAGUUCAGUAAUGUCAAAGUUACACCCAGAGUUAAGAGAAAAAUUAAUAGAAUCAAGGCAAAUAAUUAAGCCAAAUAGAGGGAAAUUGUACAAAAAUUUGGAAAACUAUGUAAUGAAUGAGCUGAAGUUGGAAGACGUUAAAAAUUAUUACAAAGUUGAGGAAUUAACCUUCGAUUUCUAUUCACCGAAAACUAAUGAAGCGAUACACCUCCUAAAAUCGAACAGAUACAUGUUGAAAGGAGAUGAGAUUCAUUUAAAAUAUAAAGCGUAUUGUUUUGAGGAAAUUUGUAAAAAUUUGGGAAUUAAUUUAAGAUUCAUCCCAGAACAUUUUUUCACUAAUAAUCUUUUACCCAAUUACUCUACACAGUUAUUCAUAUCAAUAUAUAGUAAUAAAUUAAUAAUAUUAUUAUUGCAAAUGGUUCGGGCGCAAUAUUCAGAUGUUUCAUCGUUUGAGGAUGAGGAAUUCUCAGAAAUGUCUGAGUUUAGGAGAGAACAGCUUUUGGCUGAAAAACACGCCAAAGAAGUUAAACUUAAACAAAGACGAAGCUUACUGCGGGAAAACUCGAAGCUCGAACAAGAAGAUUCCAUCGAUUUGUACGAGGAUUUCGACUUUUUGGACGAAAUUUUAGAUGAAACAGUAGAAGAUUCACAGAAAUCAGAUAAAUUGUUCGAUGAUGAUAAUUUGGACUCCGAAAUCGCCUCAAAAACAGGUAAAUCUGAUACUAAGGUGGGAAAAUCUGAUAAAUUAUCGCAAGAUGAGGAUAAGGAAGAUAAACCGACAGUUAAGGCAAUGACAGUGGAAAUUUCAAACUCAGCAAAACUGUCAAAAAGCCGAACCUUGAACAUUUUAGAGCACCCGAGUUGUAAUGAGUACCUUUCAGGUGCCUUGAUUAACUUAUUUGUUUCAGUAGAAAACCUUGAAUUGAGCCCACUUAAGUCAUCGGUUAAGCAUUUUAAAGCAAAACCAAUAGGUGAUUGUUUCCCAAGAAUCAUCUCAAAACAUGUCGUAUUUCAGAUUGAAUCAGCAGUUCCUUGUGAACCAUACGACGUUUUCGGUAACAAUUUCAAUUCUUGCGAUCACUCCUCAAAGGUUUUCAUGUCAAAGUGCUCCUAUUUACUGUGCGGUAGAGUCUUAAAUAUUAGUACUGAAGUGUUCAACACUUUGGUGCUUGUCAGUGUCAAUGAUGUUUGUAAUUCCUCAUUUCAAGAAGAACAACUCAAUUUCGGUGAUGAGUACUUUGUAGAAUUUCUUAAACAAAUUUCCAACAACUUAAAAUCGGUACUGUUUCCUCACUUGUAUAUUAUAUUGGGUAUAUUGUUUGCUUUUACCGAUGAGGACGUACAGAUGAUAUUGGAGCAAAAGUUGCAGGAAAGGACUUCAGCUCCCUCUGGGAAGAUGUCUUUGAUUGCUGAAAUUCAGCGUUACACUCACGAAAUCGAACUAUUGACUGAAGCUGCUAGGAAUGACCCCUCUAACAUUAUGAGGCUCAAGGAGCAUGAAAAACAGAGGCAGCAACUCGUCGAUGAACUCAAGAAGCUAAAGGACUCCAAUUCAAGCACUCCUUUUUCAUUCAAAAACUAUUCCAUUCUUUCUACUUCUGAUGAUUUAUCCAUCAAAACCAUCAUCAGGAAAAUUACCAAACCAACUCCAAUGAUUAUGGGUAUCUUCCAUAGAGUGCCGAAUAUGAGGGGUGAUAGUAUACAUAUUGACUUGAUUGAGAAUAAAAACGGAUACAAGAGGACUUUGAACGACCUUAACCUCAGUCGCCAAACUCACCUGAUCAACCACUACUUACAAGUAACCUCACAAAUUAUUUAG